AGAGGACACCACGGUAGUCUAGGUUAGUCUACGGAACGAAGAACACUUGAUAGCAAGAAAUAAAUAAUUAAAGAAAGAAAGGCGGAUUAUAGUCAUUGUUUUGAAACCCAGAGGCCGAAGAAUUGUGGAUUACCGGUGAACGCGCGAGGUCGAACCGGAGCGAUGUCUGUCGCGGGGCUGAAAAAGCAGUUCCACAAAGCCACUCAGAAAGUCAGUGAGAGGGUUGGAGGAGCAGAAGGAACCAAGCUUGAUGAUGACUUCCUUCAGAUGGAAAAGAAGGUGGACACCACCGGUAGGGCAGUGCUAGACAUCAUGACCAAAACUACAGAAUACCUACAGCCCAACCCAGCAUCCAGGGCUAAACUGAGUCUGAUAGGGACCAUGUCUAAGAUCAGAGGACAGGAGAAGGGACCGGGUUACCCCCAGGCUGAGACUGUACUGGGUGAGGCCAUGCAGCGCUUCGGACGAGAGCUGGGAGAGGAGUCAUGUUUUGGUCUGGCUCUCCUAGAUGCUGGGGAGGCCAUGGGUGAGCUGGGGGCGGUGAAGGAUGCCCUGGAUAUGGAGGUCAAACAGAACUUUAUUGAUCCACUGCAGAACCUACAGGAAAAAGACAUCAAAGAAAUACAGCACCACCUGAAGAAGAUGCAGGGACGCCGCCUGGACUUUGACUAUAAGAAGAAACGUCACGGUAAAGGAGUUCUGGAGGAGGAGAUCAGACAGGCGCUGGAGAAGUUUGAUGAGUCCAAAGAAGUGGCAGAGCAGAGCAUGUUCAACCUGCUGGAGAGUGAUAUUGAGCAGGUGAGUCAGCUAGCAGCGUUGGUCCAGGCCCAGGUGGAGUAUCACAGACAAGCCACAGAAAUAUUACAGCAGCUCUCCAGCAAGCUGCACGAGAGGAUCAGGGAGGCGCAGGAUAAACCCAGGAAGGAGUAUGUUCCUAAACCCCGGAUGGUCCUGGAGCUGCUCCCCCCCAGCGAUAGCCACAAUGGGGGGCUCAACACCACCAAGUCCCCUGGCCCCGCGCGCACCCCCGCUCCUAUGGACCAACCGUGCUGCCGGGCGUUGUAUGACUUUGUGCCGGAGAACGAGGGUGAGCUGGGCUUCAAAGAGGGCGAUAUCAUCACCCUAACCAAUCAGAUCGAUGAUAACUGGUACGAGGGAAUGGUCAACGGCCAAUCAGGUUUCUUCCCCAUCAACUACGUGGAUAUCCUGGUUCCACUUCCUCAUUAGGCCACCCACCCCCCACCUAAUCUUCACCCCACUCCCUGCCGGGGGCCCCAGCCUCUGCCCAGCCUCUGCCCAGCCUCUGCCCAGCCUCUGCCCAGCCUAAUCCACGCCUUCUUCUUUGUGCUUGUGUGAGUGCAACUGCUUUUUUCACAAAGAACUACAACUGUGAGGAACAAGGGACUACAAUUGUAUAGGAUUCUGCAAGAAGAAGAAUAAGAAGAAGAAUGAGGGAUAAGUGAGCUGGUUGAACUAACUGGUGGAAUCAGAGUAGUGAGCUGGUUGAACUAACUGGUGGAAUCAGAGUAGUGAGCUGGUUGAACUAACUGGUUGAAUCAGAGUAGUGAGCUGGUUGAACUAACUGGUGGAAUCAGAGUAGUGAGCUGGUUGAACUAACUGGUUGAAUCAGAGUAGUGAGCUGGUUGAACUAACUGGUUGAAUCAGAGUAGUGAGCUGGUUGAACUAACUGGUUGAAUCAGAGUAGUGAGCUGGUUGAACUAACUGGUUGAAUCAGAGUAGUGAGCUGGUUGAGUAAAGAGCCAUAGAUGGAUAAAUGUCUAUAUACAGUAUGUGUCUAUGGUUAUGUGUACUGUAAUAGGUUCCAAUGUAUUGCAUGCUGGGACAAGCCAUUUAAAGGUUGACGUUUUAAAAGGUUAAAUAAAGAGAACUGUUACAUGGUGGCGGUUGUAAUGCUAAAUGGGGUUUUUUCUUCUUUUCUUGGCAUGAAUGUUGUUCUGGAGGCAGCUGUGCAGAAUGGUCACCAGCCACAAAGUCAUAACAUCUGAGUUCGAACUUAACCUUAAGCACAUUGAAAACCUUAAUGCCUAACCUUAAAUUAUCUAUAUAUGUAUAUAAAGGCAAUUUUGACUUUGCAGCUGGUCCAUCUAGUGGAAAUCGCUCAGUUCUGCCUCCAAGGCAAGAUUCACGACAACAAACGUCAACCUGCGUUGUAAUGAUGAUGAUGGUGGUGUUACAGAUGCUUGUUGUUUUAUAGGCCUGUUGUGACUGUUUCCUAUGUGAUGCGCGCUAUAUCACCAGAUACCUGUUUCCUCUGGGCCAUGAAGUCACUAAAGCUGUUGUGUCAGUCACAGACCCUCUAAUGCAUCCCAAAAUAGCACCUUAUUCCUUAUAUAUGGCACUACUUUAGGUUGGAAGGACUGGACGGGGAGUAGCGAGGUUGUUGGGGUUAUUACACAUUGGCUGAUUGGUCCUCUGUUGAGAAGACUAAGUGACUUGACAGUCGGUUUGAUUUAAUUUUAUCUUUAUUUAACUCGGCAAGUCAGUUAAGAACAAAUACUCAUUGUCAGUGACUACCUACCCCCCGGGCCAGACCCGGACGACGCUGGGCCAAUUGUGCGCCGCAUUAUGGGACUCCCGAUCACAGGGCCGGAUGUGAUACAGCCUGGAUUUGAACCAGGGACUGUAGUGACGCCACUCAGGAGCCCAGUUCUGCCAUACAGCAUUCGACUGUUUCGGAGUAAAAGUCCCCUCCCACUCGGAGAAGAUGUCAAUUCAACAUCUAUUCCACGUUGGGUUCAACAUAAUUUUUUUAUUGAAAUGGUGUGGACGCAACGUUGAUUCAAUCAGUGUGUGCCCAAGCCAGGCCUCUGGUAUGACGAGAUUGAGCGGGCCGGUCUGUUUUACAAGGGCAGGUCUGCGUCUCAAAUGGGACCCUAAUACCAAUGUAGUCCCCUAUUCCCUCUAUGCUGGACACCCAAAGCACCUGUGCUCUGUCUCUCUCUCUGUCGCUCUGUCUCUCUCUCUGCCUCUCUCUGCCUCUCUCUCUCUGCCUCUCUCUCUCUCUGCCUCUCUCUCUCUCUCUGCCUCU